AUGGGUUCCAUCACUCUGCCCAUAACGAGACUUCCACUACUCAACCCGACUUCUUCUUCAUCAUUUUCACUUCCUCAUCCUCCUCUCUCUAAUCCUCGUCGUCGCUCCAAUUUUUCACCGUUGGUCAUCACCGCCUCUGCCGUCUUCGCAGCUCCUUCUGAUGUUAAUAACUCUGUUCCGGCUAAAAACGGAGGUUACACAGUUGGUGAUUUCAUGACAGAGAGACAGAAUCUGCAUGUUGUUAAUCCUUGUUCAAUAGAAGAAGAUACAAGACCCAACUGA